AUGCUGCUCCCGGCGCCGCACGGCCGGCCGACAGCCCCGGGCACCUCGGGGAGUUUCGGCCUCGAGGGCGCUGCCCCACGAUGGCAGCAGCGGAGCUACAGGACCUUUGGCGCCAUCCCUCUUGGAGUGGCAGCCGCAGCCUUUGCAUCAGGCAAGGCCGCUUCCCAGCGGCCUGGCCCCCCGGCUGCCCGCGCGCCGCGCGCGGCCGGCCCCAACGCGGACUCGCUGGGAGCAAUGACGGAGCUCCUGUUGCGACUCCGUUCCUCGGAGCCUUCCACCCGAGACGAGAUGCUGCAAGAGGAGAGUGAGAAAGGGCUGAAGGCGAUCUGCGCCGGUUUGGGGCUGAAACGAAGUGGCGGCUCUGAGGACGAGCUACGGGAGCGCAUCGAGGAAGCGCUGCUCGAAGAGGACAAGUUCUACGCAGAAGACAGCCCCGUCCUGCGAAUCAUCGAGGUCUUGGGAAACCAAUCUGAUGCGGAACGCGCCAUGGGCUUUCUUGUGGACAAAUACCGCGCAGUGGACCUGAAGGACUUCUGCAAGGCGCUCCAGAUGCCCAUCAGUGGCACCAAGGCAUCGCUGGCCGAGCGCAUCGCGGCCAAAGCCGGUGAGCUGUCCAAGGUCCUCCACGCCAAGCGUGCAGGCAGCGUGCCCUCAGCCCAAGCCACGGAGACGAAGUCUCGGCGCCGUCGCCCCGCGGAGGUGGCCAAGGUGAUGGAAGAGGUCAAAAAUGCCGAGUUCGCUGAGGAUGCAGGAGGAGACUUCCCCGAGGUCGCAGACGCUGAGGUGAUGGAUGCCGAGGAGGUUGAGCCUCCUCAAGCUGCCCCAGGCCGGCGGAAGGGUGCCAGGGCCUCCCGAAGUGGACGCCCGGCAGCGGUGGAGGCGAUUUUCGAGGCGGACGCCAAAGUUCGCAGCCGCCCAGACGCUUCCCAGGAGGAGUAUGAGAUCGGCCUUGGCCAAGCCCUGGUUGAUGGGCCGGACGAUUUCGAUGAGGACGAGAGCACACCGCCUGAGCUCCCCAGCUCCGGCAACUUCCCGCAACCUGGGGCCGAGGGCGCCCCAAGCGAGCUGGUUGACGAGGAGGACGAUCAGCGAAAGCAGCGGCGCUUCAUCGAGCGGCGGCAGAAACUCAUGGGCUACGUGGUGGAGGAGGGCGCCGCAAUCUAUGGCAGCCAGAAAGAGCAGUACCUGGAAGACCUGAAUCAGCUGUUGAAGGAUGCUCCGACCGAGACCAAGUGUCAGUACCUCAACGACAAGCUCGAGGAGCCGACUCACGAGUCGCUGGCGGUCCGCUUCCCCGAGGUGCUGGGUCCUGCUCGGGAUGGCCCUGAAUUUGCGGCCUGGCACGUGGAGCCCUACCAGGAGGAGAUGCAGAUGGUAGGUGAGUUGGGACCCGCACGGGUCGCAUGGUGCCAAUGGUGGGAUCGGGUGCAUGGGUGUGGUCAAGUCGUUGACUACACCGACAAGGCUGCUGUCAAUGUGGUCUCCGCUGCCUUGACGACGGGCGCGAAUGUGCAUCCACAAUCAAAGUACCUCACGCAGGGCGAGUUUGUGGAGUACCGCAGGGUCGAGGAGCCCGAGGGCAAUGCCCGGGCCAUCCUCGUCCGCGGCGUCAAAGGCUGGCCCCUCGCGUGCGAGGUCGCUUCGCUGGACCCGAGUCGGGCUUUGCCAGGUGACUAG